UUGGGUACAAUAACGGCUACAUGAACAUGGCAGAGGCGAACGGCGUGCUCCUAGCAGCUGGUGAUCAAACCUUCCACACGCCCAGCCUAGGCGAUGAGGAGUUUGAGAUCCCGCCCAUCACCCCCCCUCCUGAGACGGAGCCGGUCUUUGGUGCAUCCGAGGGGGACACGACCUUCCCAGGCACGCUGGACGCCCCCCACUUGCAGGGAGGGCAGUUCACCCCGCAGUUCCCCCCUCAGAGUUUGGAAUUGCCCUACAUCACCAUCUCCCGCAGCCUGAUGGAGCAGGAUGGAACAGUCCACAAUAACGUUCUUCCGGGGAACAUUGGUCAAGCCCAUCUUCGACAGUAUCACCCAGACCCCUCCGUGGUCAUGAGAUCUAUCAUCAACAUGAGUAACUCCUCGGCCAUGAUGUCACAAAACCACCUGACCACUGUCAGCCAAUCUCAGCUCAGUGCACCACUGGGCUUAAACAUGAGGGGACCAAACGUUCCUCAUACCUCACCGUCACCUCCUGCCAGCAAGUCUGCCACCCCUUCUCCUUCCAGCUCAAUCAAUGAUGAGGACCCUGAUGAUACCAACAGGGUAAUUGGUGAAAAGCGGCCUGCCCCUGAUGCAGCAAAGAAACCCAAGACCCCCAAGAAAAAGAAGAAGAAGGACCCCAACGAGCCGCAGAAGCCGGUCUCUGCCUAUGCACUGUUCUUCCGGGACACACAAGCAGCCAUCAAGGGCCAGAACCCCAAUGCCACCUUCGGCGAGGUUUCCAAAAUAGUGGCUUCUAUGUGGGACGGUCUGGGAGAAGAGCAGAAGCAGGUCUAUAAAAGCAAAACAGAAGCUGCCAAAAAGGACUACUUAAAAGCCCUCGCCGCCUACCGAGCCAGUCUGGUAUCAAAGGCCGCGGCCGAGUCCGCUGAAGCCCAGACCAUUCGGACGGUCCAGCAGACGCUGGCCUCCACGAACCUCUCGGCGUCUCUGAUGCUCGGUGCCCCUCUGGCUCAGCACCCUGCCGUGUCUGCGGCUGCGCAGGCCUUGCAGCAGGCCCUGCCGCGCGCCAUCGCCCCCAAGCCACUGCACUUGAGGCUCGCGGGUAGCCAGAUCACAGCCUCCGUGCCAGCAGGACCCCAGAGUGUCGCCUCAGCCACGCCCUCGCAGCUCCUGGGCCAGAUGGGUGCCGGCGGAGCCCUGGUGGCUGGAGCGCAAUCCAUGGCGGUGGGCGGGCAGAUGAGCUCGGCCGUGCAGUCGGCCCACAUGCGGCACCAGCACCUUCACCACCAGCCGGUGCACCAGCAGCAGCCCUUCCAGCACCAGCUGCAGCACCAUCUCCAGCAGCAGUUGCAGCAGCAACAGCACGUGCAACAGCACAUGCAGCUGCAACACAUCCACAUGCAGCAGCUGCACCAGCAGCAAAUGCAACAGCUCCAGCAGCAGCAGCAGCAGCAACAGCAGCAGCUCCAGCAGCACCAGUCUCAGUGUUCCCCCCCGCAGCGGUCCCCCAGCGCGCCCCAGUCUGUGGGCAGCCCCCAGCCCACUCUGCCUCAGCAGCCCCUGUCCCAGAUCCAGGCCCACACGCAGGUCCUGUCCCAGGUCAGCAUCUACUAAGCCAAAACCCCAGCUCUCGGAUAAGAGGAACCUGAUAUAUGCAGCAUUGCUGGCUGCUUUCUCCUCAGUUGCACUUAAGAAGUGUGUAAGGACUUGUGCAUUUUACAGUGAACUGAAUCCCCCCCACAUGGGCAGACAUGUGGACGCAACUCUUUAUUAUAGGGGGAGCUGGUGAGCAGCUCAGCGUUUAGACCGUUCUGUUACCACAUUUCAAAACCACCUCGAGACACACAAGGAGGAACGGCGCAGUGCCCCCGCAACAAAAAAAAAAAAAACACACCCUGCUCCCAUUUAACACCGAGGCUUUAUUUAUAGGGAUUGAUUAUUGCAGGCGGACACCUCCCAUCGGGCAAAGCUGAAUUAGCUUAACCAGGGAUACUCCUGGGAUGGAAUCCUUUGUGUACUGGCCUGAUGGAAACUUCAAAAAAACAAAAAACAAAGGUGGAAUGACUGUAAUCGGUGACUCAAAUGACUGCUGACUAGUAACGUAAUGCUCAGUGGAAAAUGAACCUGUGACUUGCGCAUCUUUCCAUUUGCCCAUAUGUUCCUCACUCUCUGCUGUGCUCCAGUUACCCCUGGAAUUUAUGAGAUGCGUUUGAAAUGAAUUCAGCUGGUAUUGUAAAGACUCUCUCCCAAGGAACGGCAGGCCUGAAUAGAAAGGGGGCACACAUUAUUAAAAAAAAAAACUGCUGUACACUCAUUUUAGUUGACAUCUUUAAACUGUAAUGUAAUCUGCUGUAAGUGUCUCGGGACGAGGCCAAGUCCAACAUGCUUCUCUUCAUGAAAAUGUUCCCAUGCCGAUUAUCUGAAAGCUCUCCAAAAACACAAUGUUUCGUCUUUACCUCAGAGUUUUAAGACUGAUAAAUUGUUUCUAUUUUUUUUAUUUUGUGUAAAAAAAAAAAACAAAAAAAGCGAAUAUUUUAUGGCAGAUGUAAAAUACAUGUUCAUAAUUUACAUAUUUUAACAUUACCCUUUAAUACCAGAAAUGUGUGGGGCUGGGUUAAUUACCAUUUGGAUACAUUGUCAUAGCCAGCUGUAGAAGAAUCUAUACAGAAAAAGAUGUACAUGUCAGACCAUAUGUAAAGGAUUCAUAUGUGAUUAGCUCUUUGGUGACGUGUGGAUUGGUAAGUCACUUAGUGUGCACUUCUGUUGUUUUAUACUUUUUUAUGAGUUAAAAUAGCAGCAGUAAAUAUUGUUUGUAUUUUGCAUACAGAGGGAAAAAAAACUGCCUUUCUGCUCUAUCUUUAGAAUAAAUGUAUUUCAGGUAAAAGUCCAUCUGGUUUCAGCUCUUAAUGAGUUUAGAUCAUCAAUCGGCCUGUUCAUUUUAAUUUGGUCAUAAGGUUAAGAAAUGGUGAUGAGUUCCAUUACUAAUAUAUUAACCAUAAUUUUGUACUGAGUAUUAUAUAUUUCAUUGUGUCUCACUGUUUGAAAUUAAAUAUAACAAUCUGGAACACUUAAA